AUGAAGAUACAGCUGAAGGAAGAUCGAAAAAGAUCGGUGCAAAAAGACGAAAAUGAUAAUCUAGCGAAAGUAAGCAAGAACCAACUUGCCGCUUUGGAGAAAGAAGAUCAGCCUUCGACUUCUCAAGUUUCAGGACUGACAGAAAAAGCAUUCAACCAGAGCUCCUUCCUAAAAGUUCAACGCGGAUGGCAACGAUUCAAAUUCGGCUGGAGAUAUUUGGAGGUUCAGAAAACCGAAUCGGGGAAAGAAAAAGUAAGCAUCUUCGGCCCAGAAUCAAAGGAAUGGUUAGAAUUCGUCAAAUUCGUCGGACCACCGCCACAAGAAUAA